UGCCGAAAAGUUCCAGAGGGCGCUACUAUAUGAAACUAAUUUUUCACGUAAAACGCGUCAAAAACAACGUUUACGCCAAUAGCGAGUUUAAGAAUAAUACUUCAAGGAUAAUGAACAGCCUUACGAAAGAAAUAAUGUUUUUAUUAGAUUUAUAUUAUAUAAAAGAAUUUAUUCUUUUCGGACUUCUAAAAAUAUAAUCUAUGGUACCGACAAUAGAAAGUAGUCAGUGUCAGAACUAAAUUUUAAACGUCGAAAAUAGGUUGAGUGAUAUACUAAAGAAGAAGACAAACAUUUAUGAGCGCGUGCAUUACUUAAAAUUAACAUAUCUUCGCUAUGGGCUUGAUAUCAGAGCCAUUAUUAUUUGCCAUCGCUUUAAUUAAUACCGGAUCUGUGCUCUUUCUUUUAGUAUAUUUUAUUAUUACGUUAUCAGAUCUCGAAUGUGAUUAUUUAAAUGCUCAGCAAUGUUGUUCAAAAUUAAAUGCGUGGGUCACUCCAAAAUUAGUGACGCAUACAUUUUUGGUAUUUUUGUUAUUAAUACAUGGCCAAUUAAUACUAACUUUGGUUAAUUUACCAAUGACUUUUUGGUUGUUCUAUGAGUUUUUUGGUGUCCCUAGUGGAAAUAUGGGUGUAUAUGAUCCUACAGAGAUCCACAAUCGUGGAGAAUUGAAAAGACAUACUAGGAAUUGUUUGAUCUAUCUUGGAUAUUAUUUAGUCUUAUUUUUUCUUUACCUUUACUGUAUGAUCAUUGCGUUAUUAAAAGGAGAUCCAGUAAACAGAAAUGCUGAUGAUCUGGUAGACUUCUAAACCAAAUAAAUUACUCUCAUAUCUGUUUUAUACUUGUAAGAUAGUGCUGUAUGUAUAGCAAUUAUUUUUUGCAAUACAUUAACCUCAUAUAUGUUGUUUGGAAAGUAUAUUUGAUAUUAUUUCAUAUUCAGAAAUCUUUAUCUAAGCAAGUAUCUGAAUAGAUGAAAUAACACUUUCUUGAUUUCAGAAGUAUUGUUAAGGUACUAUUUUAGUUUAUAUCAAUAUAUAAAGAUAGUUUUUAUAGAAACAAAUUAGAAAGUUAUUUAAAAUAAAAAUAAGUCUUAUGAAAGAGAGAGAGAGAGAGAGAGAGAGAGAGAGAGAGAGAGAGAGAGAGAGAAGGAGAGAAAUCACGUUACAAGUUAAUGGUUGAAAUUUUGGAAUUCUAGUCUUAAAAAAAAAUAUAUAUAUAACAAUUUCCAAUACAAUGGAUAAUCUAAUUAAAAGACUAGCCCACGUAAUAAUAUUUUAAUAUUAUAUAAAUAUUAA